AAACUAGUAUUUUAUACAACUGUUUGUGAUAAGAUUUAUUUAAAAAUUGUGGCUUAAUACGUAGCUUAAAAUAUUUACAUAAAAAAUUAUCUAUGCAUGGAUUCUAACCUCAAAAGAUUCAAAUAAAAUGUGUUCGUAUCUUAUUACGUAGAAGAAUCUUACCACAAUAGAUUAGUUUACGAAUUAGUUAAGAUUAUUAUUUGAACAUUAGGAAAAUUUCACUAGUAAGCAUGUUUUUCAAGUGGAAACUAUGACAACAUCAACAAUUAAACAGCCGAAACCAGUUGUACUGUUUGGACCAUCUGGAGCGGGUAAAUCAACGUUGUUAAAGAGACUUUUGAAUGAUUUUUCCAAUAAAUUUGGCUUUAGCAUAAGUCAUACUACCAGAAAACCAAGAAAUGGGGAAGUGGAUGGGGAACAUUACCAUUUUACCACCAUCGAACAGAUGGAGAAGGACAUAGCUGAUGGAAAAUUUAUUGAAAGUGCUAAAUUUGGAAACAACUUAUAUGGUACCAGCAUUAAAGCUGUGCAGGAUGUUAGAAAUAAAGGACUGGUUUGUAUUUUAGACAUUGAUGUGCAAGGAGUGAUACAAGUGAAGAAAACUGAUUUAAACCCCUUUUAUAUAUUUAUUCAACCACCUUCUCUGGAGAUUUUAAGAGAUCGAUUGAUUGGACGUGGCACUGAAACUGAAGAAAGCUUGAAACAGAGAUUAGAGAUUGCACAGAAAGAGCUGGUAUAUGGUCUUACACCUAAUAAUGCAGAUCUGAUACUUAUCAAUGACGAUUUAGAAACUACUUAUGAACAAUUGAAAACUUUCAUUGAACAAAAUGUUUUACUUUAACCAUUUCUGAGAUUCUAAAGCAACAUUCCAUAGGCCUUAAAUAUACAGUAUUUUUGUACUUAAUGAAUGAAAAUAAAACCAAUUUAUUAUA